UCAAAUCACUCACUUCCAUUUUCAUUUUCAUUAUCAUUAUCAUGGUGCAAACACGAAAGUUCCGAGGUGUCAGGCAGCGCCAUUGGGGUUCUUGGGUAUCCGAAAUUCGCCACCCUCUUCUCAAAAGGAGGGUGUGGCUGGGUACGUUUGAAACAGCAGAAGAAGCAGCACGAGCAUACGAUCAAGCUGCGAUUCUGAUGAGUGGACGAAACGCAAAAACCAAUUUUCCAAUGCUUCAAACCCCAGAGGGAGACCCAAAGACGCUAACACCCACGCACCAAACCCCAUCAACCUCAAAGGAACUAGAAGAGAUUCUUCACGCAAAGCUUCGAAAGUGUGGGAAGCUUCCCUCGCCUUCCAUGACUUGCUUGAGGCUCGACCCAGAGAACUCCCACAUCGGCGUGUGGCAGAAACGCGCCGGUCACUGUUCUGACUCCAACUGGGUCAUGAUGGUCCCCUUCGGAAAGAAGGGUGGUGAUGAAGGUGGAAACAGUUCUAUGAUCACUCGUAGUUCUUCUGAUUCGUUUUCUGAGUGUGAUCAGAAUAGAAGACAGGAACAUGUGAGAACGGAGAUGGACGAGGAAGAGAGAAUCGCUAUGCAGAUGAUAGAAGAACUCCUCAGCAGAAACUGGCCCUCUAGCCCUUCUUCAUGUAACAACAUGUGUUAAGAACAAAGAAUUUCAAGGUUUCUUCUGGAAUCAGUUUCUUUUAAGAAUUUUCUCCUCAGUUGUUGUUGCCUAAGAAGUAGUUGUUACAAUGUUAUUACUGUGUUUUGUUCUUGCUCUCGUGUUUUUAGUCUUCUUGUACUUGUUUUUUCAGAACUUCCAUUUUACACUUGAUAGGAUGAGAGGGGUGAAUGGAAGACAAAUAGUGACUUUUUUUUUUUUGCCUCUUCUCUUUUCCUUGAUAUGUGUGUAAAUGAAAAGUAAAGAAAUUUCAGAAUU